CUCUCCGGGGGUGCCGCGGUGGCCGUGGGCCCCCAGACUCGCUGCGGUGGGGAGCCCUUUGAAGGCCCCGCGUGGACCCUGGGCACCGCCGCGGUUCGGCUUUUGUUUCUAUUUCAGUCCGGCGAGGGGCUUCCCUGCGCCCAGCGCCCGCUCGCCUCGCUGCAACGAGAACAGCAGAAAAUACAAGGAGCUGUCACUGUCUCCAACUGCGGCCGGGGAGCGUCUGCCGCGGGGAGCUGCUCGGACCCAGCUCUGCCUUUUCCUCCUGCAGAGACUUGGAAGCAGCUCGCUGGGCCAAAACCAGGGCACGGGACCCCCCUCUUUUCUCCUGGCUUUGUGGAUGCACCGAUGAGAGAUCCAGCCUUCACAGGGACUGCCAUGGCUUAUCACCCGUUCCACGCUCCCAGACCGGCCGAUUUCCCCAUGUCAGCUUUCCUGGCGGCGGCUCAGCCGUCCUUUUUCCCGGCUCUGGCUCUGCCCCCGGCGGCGCUGGCUAAACCCAUCCCGGACCCGACUUUGGCUGGAGCCGCGGAAGCUGGUCUGCACGUCUCGGCCCUGGGGCAUCACCACCAGGCAGCCCAUCUGCGCUCUCUCAAGAGCCUGGAACCGGAGGAGGAGGUCGAGGACGACCCCAAAGUGACUCUGGAAGCCAAGGAGCUUUGGGACCAGUUUCACAAGUUGGGGACAGAGAUGGUGAUCACCAAGUCAGGAAGGAGAAUGUUCCCCCCGUUUAAAGUGCGUGUGAACGGCCUGGAUAAGAAGGCCAAGUACAUUUUAUUGAUGGAUAUAGUGGCUGCGGAUGAUUGCCGGUAUAAAUUCCACAAUUCCCGCUGGAUGGUAGCCGGGAAGGCGGAUCCAGAGAUGCCCAAGCGUAUGUACAUCCACCCGGACAGCCCUGCCACAGGGGAGCAGUGGAUGGCAAAGCCUGUUGCCUUCCACAAACUCAAGCUCACUAACAACAUCUCGGACAAGCACGGAUUUACCAUACUGAACUCCAUGCACAAGUACCAGCCCAGGUUCCAUAUCGUGCGAGCCAAUGACAUCCUGAAGCUUCCCUACAGCACCUUCCGGACCUAUGUGUUCCCUGAAACAGACUUCAUCGCAGUCACCGCAUACCAGAACGACAAGAUCACCCAGCUUAAAAUCGAUAAUAACCCAUUUGCAAAAGGAUUCAGAGACACUGGGAAUGGAAGGCGAGAGAAGAGGAAACAGCUCACUCUCCCCUCCCUGCGGAUGUAUGAGGAGCAGUGCAAACCUGACCGAGAUGGGGGUGAAUCGGAUGCUUCCUCGUGUGAUCCUGCGCCAGUGCGGGAUACACUUCACUCCCCAUUGGGUACAGCCCCUAGUCCCCUGAGACUCAACCGCAGCGGCCGAGAGGAGAAAUCCUGCCCGGAGAGCGACCCGGAGCUGGAGAAGCUGCCCGAGGAGCGGCCGGCUCGCGGGGCCAGCCCGGGCCCGGAGGAGGCCAGCCCGCGGAGCAGCCCGCGGCUGCCGGAGGAGCGCAGCCGGGAGAGACCCAGCCCGGAGAAGCCCAAGGGGCCGGAGAAGGACAAGCCCGAGGGGCGGCGGAAAGAGCCGGACGCGCCCAAGAAGGAGGCGGAGGGCGGCGGGCUGAGCAGAGAGCCCUUCGCCCCGCUGAUGGUGCAGACGGACAGCCCCCCGCACCUGAGCCCCGGCCACCUGCAGAGCCUGGCGCUCUCCGGCCUGCACGGGCAGCAGUUCUUCAACCCGCUGGGCGCCGGCCAGCCCCUCUUCAUCCACCCGGGGCAGUUCGCCAUGGCCCCCGGGGCCUUCUCCGCCAUGGGCAUGGGACACUUGCUGGCCUCGGUGGCCGGCGGGGGCCUGGAGAACGGGGCCCUGGCUUCGACCCAGGGGGCAGCCGGGACCGCCACCCCCUUCCCCUUCCACCUCUCCCAGCACAUGCUGGCCUCUCAGGGAAUUCCGAUGCCCACCUUUGGCGGACUCUUCCCUUAUCCGUACACCUACAUGGCUGCAGCUGCGGCCGCCGCCUCAGCCCUGCCAGCGACCAGUGCGGCUGCGGCCAGCUCCCUGUCCCGGAAUCCCUUCCUGAGCAGCACCCGCCCUCGCCUGCGCUUCAGCCCAUACCAGAUCCCCGUCACCAUCCCCCCCAGCACCAACCUCCUCACCACCGGUCUGCCCGCCAGCCUGAACCCAGGCUCGGAAGGCUCCAAACCCGGCAGCAGCAGGGAAUCCAGCCCCCUCCCAGAGCUUCCUUUGCACAAAUCCAGCAGCCAGAGGGGCUCCCUCUCUCCCAAAAGCUCCCUGAAAGAUUCCAUCAAUGAACUGCAGAAUAUUCAGAGACUGGUCAGUUGCUUGGAGAGCCAAAGGGAGGUGUCACCCGGCAGAGAGUCCCCAAAGUGACUGGCUGAGCUGCCAACACGCCAGCCUGGAGGGCUGAGAAGCACUGGGAUUUUGUACAGCACAGUAUAAAUAUUUAUUUAAAUAAUAAUAAUAAAAAAAAAAAAAAAGGGAAAAAAAGGGGAGGGGGUCAGGCAGUUAAAGACAGGGAUACAAGUCAGACACCCAGACAAAGCAGAGGCCAAGUGAAUGAUCCACAAGCAAAAUAUCCCAUAGCCAGGAGAAAUUAUGGGAGACUAUUCCUCCCCCCCCCCC